CCGUUCUUACUCCAAUUUUUGCAUCAUUCUCAAUUUUUCGGUGAAAAGUUUUUAAAAUUCCGUGCUCGUAGGACCAUGUCCACCUCCUCCGAUGCCAAGCUGGAGGAUUGCUUCACCUGUCUCCGCCGGACGGAUAAUUUCCUCUCCAUCACCGAACGGGACGAGGUCAGUGGAGAAAAUGUCGAAGCCGUGUUUGCGAAGCACUUUUGGUUCAGCCCGGCGGAAUAUCGGGACAAAACGGUUUGCACCAGCUGCUGGGAAAAGAUCGACGAUUUCCAUAAGUUUUACUGCGAUGUGGAGCGGGUUCACGAGCGAACGGUGGCGUCGACGUUGCUGGCGCUGGUCAAAACCGAAGCGGUUGAUUGUGACGGGGUGGAGAUUGUCGGGAAGGGCGAAGAUGGCGAGGAGGACCGGGGAGAGAUCUUUGCUUUGGAAAUGUACAAGCUGGAAGUGAAACAGGAAGAGGAGGAUAAUGAGCUUUCUGUUGUAAAGGAUAGGGAGGAACCUAGCUCGGAUGAAGAUCAGACGGAAACAAUCUUUGAAGCACCCGCAGAGGAUAGUAGCAAUGAAUCGGAUUCGGAUGUCCCGCUAGCAAGACGCUUGGCUGCCAUGAAGAGAAAGAAGCGUGUUGCCAAAAGACGAGUGGUUACGAAACCAAAGCUCCGGAAGGAAAAGGCCGACAACGAAGAGAUGAAUGAUUUCAUCCGGCAACAGAUGGACAUCACCUGCCACAAGUGCGCCGAAAUGGGCAUUGAAAACGACGAGAUUUUCGAGUCGUUCUACCGUUUAAGGGUACAUUUCAAGAAGGUCCACGACACGUACGGAUACGUGUACUGUUGCAACCGGAGGUGGGCCACAAAGACCGGAUUGGUUGAGCACUUGAGAAACCACGAGCCGAUGAAAGGCGAUCAGAGCCGUUGCGUUGAGUGCAAUUGCAUGUUCAAGGACAAGAGCAGCUACGUCAAUCACAUGUUCCUGGUGCACACGCCAGACGACCAGAAACAAUUCAAAUGCGACCGAUGUGAGAAGGCUUUUGCGGCGGAAGAUCUGCUCAACAGUCACAUCACGUGGCACGAGGAAGUCGAGAAGAGGAAUCAUCAUUGCCCGAUUUGCAACAAGUACUUCCUCAGCUCGCGAAAUUUAGCGAAUCACAACAUGAGCCAUCACCAGUUUGGGGAAAGUUCGGGACAGGAACCAACGGGAUCCGGGGAGCCGCCGCCGAGCCAGGACAUGGAUGAAUCGAGCAAAUCGGCCAGACUCAAACGAACGGCGGAGGAUUUGGCCAAGGAGGACGAUUUGAUUAAGCGAUUCGUAGCGUUGAACUGUUCAAAGUGUGACUAUAUAGGUGAAACAUUCAACAAGCUGUCCUACCACGCGUUCAAAGUGCACAACAUGAACACCCACUCGGUGCUCUGUUGUGACAAGAAGUUCGGGAAACGGCAACGGCUGUACGAGCACUGCCUGCGGCAUCUGAACCCGGACCACUUCAAGUGCGAUAUCUGCGGCAAAACGUACGCCGACAGUUCCGGGCUGCAGAUCCACAAGUGGUGGAUUCACACGCCGAUCUCGGAACGGCCCUUCAAGUGCGACAUUUGCGGGGCCCGUUUCGUCAAGGAUUACCUCCUGAAGCAGCACACCAAGUGGCACGUGAACAAGGAACGGAAGACGCAUUUCUGCGACAUAUGCAACCGGGCUUACUCGAACUCGAUGCAACUGAAGGCCCACCAGCAGAAAAAGCAUGGGGCCGUGUGUGACUGGGUGUGCGACAUCUGCGCCAAGGGCUUCAUCCAUCGGGCACUGCUGGAGGAACACCGGUUGACCCAUACCGAGGAGGGGCUGGCCAGUCUGAAGAUGCAGUGCGACAAAUGCGAACGCUGGUUGAUCAACAAGAAGAGCUACCUGAGACAUCGGAGGCGCUGCCUGGAUACGAGUGGACCGGUCACGUGCGACAUCUGCGGCAAGGAGUCGAUCAACGAGGCGGCACUGAUGGGACACAAGAAUUUUCACCAUUCGAAACGACCAAUGUUCCGGUGUGCCUACUGUGGGAAGGAGUGCAAGACGCAGCUACGGUUGAAGGAACACGAGGCAACACACACGGGGGUUGUGCUGUACCAGUGUCCUCACUGCCCGAGGACGUCCAACUCGAGCUCCAAUAUGUACACACACAAGAAGACGGCCCAUCCGGAGAAGUGGGCCCAGGAGGUUUCGCAACGGUUCUACACUAGGUGAAACAUUCAACAAGCUGUCCUACCACGCGUUCAAAGUGCACAACAUGAACACCCACUCGGUGCUCUGUUGCGACAAGAAGUUCGGGAAACGGCAACGGCUGUACGAGCACUGCCUGCGGCAUCUGAACCCGGAC